ACAGUAUGCCCGGUCAGUAAGUUACAGAAAUGUCAGCGACUUCGUCUGUCAUAAAGUUUGCGUUCAUAGAACACAAAGAGUUUUCGGUAAAUGCAAAAAGGAAGCAUUCGGCAAAGCGCAGGUUUUGCAAAGUCUCCUUGACCGAGACAGCCGGGACUACCUCAACCUUCACCAGGCACCUGGAGCGCAAACACCCUCAAAGGUACUUGGAGUACAAAGCAGGAUCUGCAACAUCAGUGAUAGCGGUCAAUCCCACACAGCCUCAAUUAUCAUUGUUUGCUCCAAGCAUCCACUUAUUUUCCUCAAAUUCACCCAGGCAACAGGGCAUCACCCAGUCCAUCCUCCAGGACCUUAUGGUUGGAUGCUCUCUCCCCCUGUCUGUUGUUGAGAAUCCUCAUUUUAGACACUUUCUGAAUGUCUUGGAUAGCAAAUACACUCCUGUGUCUAGAACCACCUUGACAGAGAAGCUGAUACCUCACCUUGUCACUAAAGUGAAGGGUGACAUAAUCAAACCCUGGAAGUCCAGCCAAAUGUAGCAAUAACAACAGACCUCUGGUCUGACCGGAGGCUUCGUACUUUCCUGGGAGUUAUUGCUCAUGUUGCCUGCAAGAACAAGGACUCUUACAGUUUACAAUCAUUUUUGCUUGACUGUAGGCGUUUCACAGGGAAGCACUGCGGCGAACGAAUCGCCUCAGCAUUUCACAGCAUAGUUGAGGAGUAUGGCAUUGGCCAUAAAAUAAGCUACAUUCUGACGGAUAAUGCAUCCAAUAUGAAGCGGGCCUUUAAAGUCAGGAUGCCAGAAGUA